AUCUCAGGUAUCUCCUUGCACAGUGUUUACUGUAACCACGGAGGAAGCCACACCCACAGCUGCCAAACAGGUGAGACUGCUUCAUCAGUCACAUUUGCAUUCCAAAUUCUCCACCGGACGUGGAGGCAGAACACGACCGAGCUGCUGUACACAACUCCUCCGAAGCAGGAAUCCUCCCAAAUCCUCAGUUGAUUUUUAUUCAGCUCGUUGCUGCUCACAGAUGUGUUUACGACACCGGAUCAUUUUCCUCAGUAAAUAUCUAAAUAAAUGACCGCAGUCAUGAACUGGUCUUUCCUGGAGAGCAUCCUGAGCGGCGUGAAUAAAUACUCCACUGUGAUUGGUCGGCUUUGGCUCUCCGUGCUCUUCAUCUUCCGCAUCAUGGUGUUCGUGGCCGCUGCAGAAAACGUCUGGAAAGACGAGUCGAAGGAUUUCGUGUGUAACACUCAGCAGCCCGGCUGCGAGAACGUCUGCUUCGACCGGUUGUUCCCCGUGUCUCAGGCACGUCUGUGGGCUCUGCAGCUCAUCAUGGUGUCCACGCCAUCCCUGCUGGUGGCCCUGCACGUGGCGUAUCGCGAGCACCGCGAGAAAAAACACGGCCGCAAACUUUAUGAAGAUAAAGGCAGUAUCGACGGUGGUCUGCUGUGCACGUACCUCCUCAGCCUGGUCCUGAAGACGACCUUCGAGGUGGGCACGCUGCUCAUCUUCUACUUCAUGUAUAGCGGAUUUGAGGUUCCUCGGAUGUACCGGUGCACGGAGAGCCCCUGUCCCAACACGGUGGACUGCUACAUCUCCAAAGCCACAGAGAAGAAGAUCUUCCUCUACAUCAUGGGCUGCACAUCUGCCCUGUGCGUGGUCCUGAACUUGGCAGAGAUGAUCUACAUCCUGUCCAAGCAGUGCUGGAAGAGUUUCAGUAAGAGAUACGUCCCGGUCCAGAAGAGAACGUGUGGAUGCCACACCCACUCCACGUCUGCGCUCGCUCUCGGGUCGGCCGGACCCAAACACGUUCCGUCCGUGAGCAAAGAGGACGGGGUUCGGGUCCAUCCAUCGCAAGCUGUGAACGAACUUCCCACCUGAUUCACACAGCACGUGGACUUCCUGUUCGCUUCUCUUCUCCUUAUUCUUCUUCUUCUUCUGAGAAACAGUGCUGUUUUCCAAAUGCACAACUAUACAGACAUCUUAAAAGACCACCGACUGUAAAGACACCGAUCCUGAUUCGUGUCGGAGACAUGACCGUCCUCCACGGCCUUAAUAACUUUGGUGAUAUUCUGGAUUUUAUUUGGUUUAUUUUAAGAGCACAACAGGUCUGUUUCAGUUUAAAUCUUACGUUCCUUCAUUUCAGUGGGAAUGUAGAGAUUACUUUAAAAGCUGUCCUACAUGCGUCUUAAUAAAUAAAAAAACACCUUCAAAAAAUAAAGAAUUAAGAAAGAGAACUUGAUUUGAUUUUAAAAGCACUUAAAAACCUUUUUAGUGACUCGACUCAUUCGAGCUCAGUUAAAUGAUUCAUUUAAAUUCCUUCACCGAUUCACACAGACGUGCAGAACGACCUAAAUCCAAAUAGAUUAAUCUGUCAAAUAGAUUAAUCUGUGAUAUUGUGUCGUUUUAUAAUAAUAUGCAUGUAUAUCGGACCUACAGAUCACUCAGUGGCAUAAAUGACUCACUGACUCAGCGGUACCGACUCAGGGGGAGGGGCUUGCAUUAGUGACAUCAAUAUUACAGUUCUAGUUGGUGGAAAAGGAUCAGACUGCCAGGAUGAGUCUGUUUUUUAUAUUCUACCAUCAUAAUAAGUGAAUUAUUUUAUUUGCAUUGAAUGAGUUAUCAAUAUUUAAUGCACAUGUAAGUAAAUAUUUCCUCUCUCUCUCUCUCUAUAUUAUAUAUAUAUA